AUGUCGCUGCACGUUCGUGCAGACAAUGUGAACGCCAAAUGUUUCUACCAAAAGAACGGUUUCAUCGUGAACGAUUUUGUGGAAAAAUACUAUAAACAAGAGCCAAAGGGAGCGUAUUUUCUUGUGAAUAGUAACCAUGCAGAAGGAGAAACAUCGAAUAUUGUUCCAGACGGGGAACAACCUGGAACGAGUGCGCAAAGCAACUCUGUCAUUUUUCGUGAAGUCACAAAAGAGACUGUUUCGGUUGGUACACGGACAACGUAA